UUCGCUUAUUUCAUACAAUAAAUGAAAGCUGUACCACUUGUGAGGACACACGAAUUUAACAGACUUUUACUUUUACAUAUAUGCUGUAAGCGGACGUACAUCUUGUGCUGAAUGCAUCUGAUAAAUCAACACUCGUUAGUAUAACGACGCAAGAAGCUGCAUUUCGCAGAACAUUCGAGAGGUUCUCCAACCCCGAGGACGUUCCGGAUAAAUUCCCUCUAUCUCUGAAUCUGGCAUCUACACUGUCUGGACGCCUCAGUGUAUUUUAACUGUGCGCCUUUGAGAGCCAUAUUACCCUUAACAGAGCCUGUUGCAAUCAAUAUAACACCAGCCAUCGACCACCGUUCACUGCGGCAAUAGGACGAUCAGCGUUGUGUUUAUGUCUUUGUUUUGCGAAAACGAGCUGUUGCGCAGCCGUUGGAACCUGUGUGGUGGAAAUCUAGCCUUCAAGCAAGGAGCUUGCGGCCAUAGCGGCACAGCGUUUUUCAUGUCAGAGACCGAGCACGCUUGCAGUCGUUUAUGUCAUCCCCUCUUUUCCAGACAGAAGAUCCCGAAAAAUCCCCAACCAAGAUCCUUUUAUCUUACUGAUAGUUCUAACAUCCAGCCAAAAUGUCUGUCAACAUCAACCGCAGCGUGUCAGACCAGUUCUAUCGCUACAAGAUGCCCCGUCUGAUUGCCAAGGUGGAAGGCAAAGGAAAUGGAAUCAAGACGGUUAUUGUCAACAUGGUUGAUGUUGCAAAGGCUCUGAACAGGCCUCCGACAUACCCGACCAAGUUUUUUGGUUGUGAACUCGGCGCUCAGACCCAGUUUGAUACCAAAAACGACCGUUACAUCGUCAACGGAUCCCAUGAGGCGAACAAGUUGCAGGAUAUGCUUGAUGGGUUCAUCAGAAAAUUUGUGCUGUGUCACGAGUGUGACAACCCUGAAACUGACCUGCAUGUCAAUCCCAAGAAGCAAACCAUCGGUACUUCCUGUAAGGCCUGUGGAUACCGUGGCAUGCUAGACACCAGACACAAACUCUGCACGUUCAUCCUCAAAAAUCCACCAGAGAGCACUGAUAGCGGGUCUGCGUCUGCAAAAAAAGAGAAGGAGAAGAAGAACCGCAAGAAGGACAAAGAGAACGGUUCUGGCAGCGGCGAGGCUGGAAACCAUGACAACAUCGACGCUCCUGAGGCUGUGGAUGGAGAUGACGACGAUGAGGACUGGGCAGAGGAAACCACAGAGGAGGCGCAGAGGCGGCGAAUGGAAGAGAUCAGCGACCAUGCCAAGGUUCUCACACUCAGUGAGGACCUGGAGAAACCCCUUGAGGAGAGAGUCAACAUCUUCUACAGCUAUGUGAAACAAAAGAAGGAGAGUGGAACCAUUGAUGGUGCUGACAAGGAUAUUUUAGCGGAGGCAGAGCGUCUGGAUGUGAAGGCCAUGGGCCCCCUCAUCCUCAGCGAGCUGCUCUUCAAUGAGAACAUCCGAGACCAGAUCAAGAAAUACAAACGCCACUUCCUGCGUUUCUGCCACAACAACAAAAAGGCCCAGAAGUAUCUGUUGGGGGGCUUUGAGUGUGUCGUGAAGCUGCACCAAGUCCAGCUGCUGCCGCGGGUUGCCAUCAUCCUCAAAGACCUGUAUGACGCCGACCUGCUUGAAGAAGAUGUCAUAUUUGCCUGGGCAGAGAAGGUUUCCAAGAAAUACGUCUCCAAGGAACUUGCCAAAGAGAUCCACGCCAAGGCUGCUCCUUUUGUCAAAUGGCUGAAAGAGGCUGAGGAGGAGAGCGAGGGGAGUGAAGAAGAGGAGGAGGAGGACGAUGAGAACGUUGAGGUGGUGUACUCCUCCUCUGCCCGGGAGCUCAAAGUGGAGACUGUGAAACCUGACACACCCGAGAAAGAAGAGGAUGACAUUGACAUUGACGCUAUCUGAGAGAUUUGGAUGAUGAUGAUGCUUUUCUUGUGUUGUGGCUUUGAUUCACGAUUUCCUGUAUGACCUAAAUGGCUGACCUUUUCAUCUUUUACUACCUUCCCCCACCCCUCCCUACCACCACCCUCCACAAAUCCUCAUCCGCUUCAUGGCAUGACUUAAUAUAGCGCUUUACUUGCUGCUCUGUAACUGUAAUUUUGAAAUGUAUUCAGUUGAUAAAAUGAAGUCGCUUCGGGGAUUUUAAUCAUGGGUGUUUUGGGAUUGUUUUGACUGCACUUUUCUUUCUUUUGGUGUUCCUGUAUUUUUUUCUCCCAGUCAAAUAAAGAAUGUUUUGCUAUCCACUACAUUUGAUAUAAUUUUUCUUUGCCUUUUUUAGUUUAUUUUUGUAGAUGAAUAUAUAUCGAGGGAAAAACAACUAA